GUCCAUUCAAUGAAAUAAAAUAAUAGUUAAACACCAAGCAAUGAAAAUUUAAGAGUAGUUAUAAGAGUUCGUCCUCCAAUGGCUCGAGAAAUUAGAGAUGGCAAGUUUAUUUCAACUGUUUAGGUAGCCCCUGAUAAUUUAUAACUUUGCAUUUUUGAUUAUCAUGCAAUAGAACUUGUACCUGAUGAAGAUUUAGAAUAAUAUGUAUCAAAUCCAUCUAAUUAUACUCUUCAUUAAUUUACAUUUGAUUAUGUUUAUGAUUAAGAUAGUACUCAAGAAUAAGUUUAUAAUACAACUGCAGCAUUAUCAGUAGAUUCAACUUUAUAAGGAUAUAAUUCAACCAUAAUUGCAUAUGGUCAAACUGGUACUGGUAAAACAUAUACUAUGCAUGGAUUUAGUUUUAAUCCUAAUUCUGAUUAAUUAGGUAUUAUACCUAGAUCUUUACAUAAUAUAUUUAAUCACAUUCAAAUGAAAAGUAAUUCUUCCACAACAUUUAUGGUACGUGCUUCAUAUUUACAAAUAUAUAAUGAAAAUAUUAGUGAUUUAUUAAGAGAUUCUGCAUCUUUGAAUAUAAGAGAAGAUAAGAAAAGAGGAGUUUUUGUUGAAAACUUGUCAGAAUGGGCUGUAAGAGGUCCAGCUGAAAUAUAUUAAUUAAUGCGUAAAGGUAAUGCAAAAAGAGUAACAGCAAGUACAAGAAUGAAUGAUACAAGUUCAAGAAGUCAUGCAGUUUUUAUUAUAACAGUUGAAUAAAUAGAGGAGAAACCAGAAGGAAAAUCUGCAAGAGUUGGGAAAUUGAAUUUAGUUGAUUUGGCUGGUAGUGAAAGAGUUAGGGUAACAGGAGCUACAGGUUAAAGAUUAGAAGAAUCUAAAAAAAUAAAUUAAUCUUUAUCUGCAUUAGGAAAUGUAAUAGCAGCUUUAACAGAAAAUAGAGGUUCUAAACCUCAUAUUCCUUAUAGAGAUUCAAAAAUAACGAGAUUAUUAGAAGAUUCUUUAGGUGGAAAUUGUAAAACAACAUUUAUGGCAAUGAUAUCCCCAGCUAUUGAUGCAUUUGGUGAAUCUUUAUCAACUUUAAAGUUUGCUAAUAGAGCUAAAACUAUUAAGAAUACUCCAAUCGUAAAUUAAGAUGGAGAUUAAGGGGCUUUAUUAAGAAAAUAUUAAUUAGAAAUUUAAAAAUUAAAAUAAGAAUUAGAUGAAAGAACAAAGUAACCACUUGAAAAUUUAGUUAAUGAAUUAGAAAAAGAAAAGUAGAAGGCUUUAGAAGAUAAAUAAGAAGCUUAAUCUGCCUAUGAAUAAAGAUCCAAAGAUUUAUUUAAAGAAACAGAACUAAGAAAAUAAUUAGAAGAAAAGAUUUCAGCAUUAAAUUCUCAGAUGUUAGUUGGAGGAUAAAAAAUAGAAGAAACUCCAUAAUUUUAAAGUGCUUUAGAGAAAUAAUAAAGAUUGAUAAGAUAAUAAUAUUAAGAGAAAUUAACAGAGUUAGAAAAAGAAAGAUAAUGCAUUGAGGAAGAUAAAGCUUAAACAGAUAAGUAUAAACAAUUAUUGUUAAAGUAAAGAGACAUUAUGAUAGCCUUAACUAAUAGAUUAAAUGAUAGAGAUGAAACUAUACUUCAAUUAUAAGAAGAGUUGGAUGUUUAUGAAAAAUUAUAAAAAGAAAAUGAAGAUCAAUUUCAUUCUCAAUAAGUUAGAUAAGAAUAAUUUGAAGAGCUAUUAUUAGAGCAUAAAAUUGACAUUCCUAUGGCAUUAUAAAAUUAAAAAUAAUUUAAUAAAGAGAAAGUUAUAGAUAUACAAAAUGAUUUACAAAUCUAAAAGCUUGAAUAAAUACCUGUAUAAACUUUACAUACUAAUUAAUAAGUCUAAUCUGAUGCUCUUAUAUCUUAUGAACUCAAAAAUUAAGUUGAAAUCAAUAAAUAAAUUUCAUUUGACUUGAAAUUAACAAAAACAGAAUUGGAAAAAAGAAAGAAUGAAAUAGAAUAAUUAAUAAAAAUAUCAAAUUCCGAAUAAAACGAUUUAAUUUUAAAUGCUAGAAAAUCAGUAGAUAAAAUUUUGGAAUAAUUAACUUCUCAAACUAAUGAAUUAGGAUUAGCAAAUGUUGCUAAAGAGUUAAAUUAAUUAUAAAAAAUGCUAAAAUAAGGUUUAUAGCCAAGUAAAAGUCAUAUAAAAGGUUAAAAUUCUUUUAGUAAAUCUACAAGUGAUUCUCCUAAUAAAAUAAUAUUAAUAAAUAAAUAAAAUGAUUAGAUGGCUAAAUCAACAGGAUAGUUAGUGAAACUAAUGUAAUAGAAACCAUAAUCUAAAUAAAAUUAAUCUCCAGUUUUAAGGUAAUCAACUUAGUUUUAUAUAUUAGUUCAAAAUUGAAAUAAAAGUAAAAAUCUGUGGAGGAUCUCUGGAGUUAAAGUUCAAAUGUAUAAUUUUGA